GAGAUGCAGCGGAGAGAGACGUUUAGCUUCAGAACCACACGAAACACAGAAGCAAGAUGUUAAAACUAAUAUUAAUUUCGUCGUUAAUAGUCCAUACGUUAGGGACGCCGAGGUUGCCGGACUUCGACGACUUCCCGCCGCCCGGCGUCGUCAUCAGCGAGAGUCCCAGCGGCUACGCCAGGCUCGUCAACCACAUCAGAUUCCGCAACCUCACUUCAGGCUUCAUCCCCGUCGAUGCCAUCAAAGACAAUCCCUAUGGCUUCUCCAAAGAGGUGUUCAAAUAUUCUGCCAUCCCUUCGGGCUUCGAGAGAUCCGAUGCCAUCCCAUCCAAUCCCUACGGUUACUCCACCAGGAUCCAGAGAGAUAACCACGGAUUUCGCACACUUAAGAUUGGGUUUGAGAAAGUCGAGGCAAUCCCCACCAAUCCAUAUGGAUAUUCCACAGAGACUGUCGAACUGAGUGAUAUCCCCAAUGCCUUUGAGGCCAUAGCAUCCAUACCUACCAAUCCCUAUGGAUAUUCAGAGGAGGUUCAGGGAGAUAUUUACAGAAGCAAGGGACCAAACAGUGGUUUUGAGAAGGUAGAACUUAUUCCUGACAAUCCCUAUGGAUAUUCAACACAGAUACAGAAAGAAAAGGCUGCAUCAGGAGCUUUUGCUACGUUCGAUUCGAUCCCUAAGAAUCCCUAUGGAUACUCAGAGGAUGUUCAGAGAGAAAUUUACAGAAGCAAGGGACCAAACAGUGGUUUUGAGAAGGUAGACCUAAUUCCCGACAAUCCCUAUGGAUAUUCAACACAGAUACAGAAAGGAAACUCUGCAACAGGAGCCUUUGCCACGUUCGAUUCAAUCCCUAAGAAUCCCUAUGGAUAUUCAGAGGAGGUUCAGGGAGAUAUUUACAGAAGCAAGGGACCAAACAGUGGUUUUGAGAAGGUAGAACUUAUACCCGACAAUCCCUAUGGAUAUUCAUCACAGAUACAGAAAGGAAACUCUGCACCAGGAGCUUUUGCCACGUUCGAUUCGAUCCCUAAGAAUCCCUAUGGAUAUUCAGAGGAGGUUCAGGGAGAUAUUUACAGAAGCAAGGGACCAAACAGUGGUUUUGAGAAGGUAGAACUUAUUCCUGACAAUCCUUAUGGAUAUUCAACACAGAUACAGAAUGAAAACUCUGCACCAGGAGCUUUUGCCACAUUCGAUUCGAUCCCUAAGAAUCCCUAUGGAUAUUCAGAGGAGGUUCAGGGAGAAAUUUACAGAAGCAAGGGACCAAACAGUGGUUUUGAGAAGGUAGCUCUAAUUCCCAACAAUCCGUAUGGAUAUUCAACACAAAUACAGAAAGAAAACUCUGCACCAGGAGCUUUUGCCACGUUCGAUUCAAUCCCUAAGAAUCCCUAUGGAUACUCAGAGGGAGUUCAGAGAGAAAUUUACAGAAGCAAGGGACCAAACAGUGGUUUUGAGAAGGUAGAACUUAUACCCGACAAUCCCUAUGGAUAUUCAACACAGAUACAGAAAGGAAACUCUGCACCAGGAGCUUUUGCCACGUUCGAUUCAAUCCCUAAGAAUCCCUAUGGAUAUUCAGAGGAGGUUAAGGGAGAUAUUUACAGAAGCAAGGGACCAAACAGUGGUUUUGAGAAGGUAGAACUUAUACCCGACAAUCCCUAUGGAUAUUCAUCACAGAUACAGAAAGGAAACUCUGCACCAGGAGCUUUUGCCACGUUCGAUUCGAUCCCUAAGAAUCCCUAUGGAUAUUCAGAGGAAGUUCAGGGAGAAAUUUACAGAAGCAAGGGACCAAACAGUGGUUUUGAGAAGGUAGCUCUAAUUCCAAACAAUCCGUAUGGAUAUUCAACACAAAUACAGAAAGAAAACUCUGCACCAGGAGCUUUUGCCACGUUCGAUUCGAUCCCUAAGAAUCCCUAUGGAUACUCAGAGGGAGUUCAGAGAGAAAUUUACAGAAGCAAGGGACCAAACAGUGGUUUUGAGAAGGUAGAACUUAUACCCGACAAUCCCUAUGGAUAUUCAACACAGAUACAGAAAGGAAACUCUGCACCAGGAGCUUUUGCCACGUUCGAUUCGAUCCCUACGAAUCCCUAUGGAUACUCAGAGGAAGUUCAGGGAGAAAUCUACAGGAGCAAGGGACCAAACAGUGGUUUUGAGAAGGUAGAUCUUAUUCCCAAUAAUCCAUAUGGCUAUUCUACAAAGACAGCGAAGGUGACAGCUGCUCCAGAAGCAUUUGAAUCUGUUGCAGUCAUUGCCCAGAAUCCUUAUGGAUAUUCAGAAAAAGUGCAGGGUAAUCUGCAUACACAGGGAGUGCUCAGCAGUGGAUUUGAGACUGUCAAGAGUAUCCCAACAAACCCUUACGGUUACUCCACAGAGAUCAGAGAGCUGAAAAAAUCUCCAAGUGGCUUUGAGACUUUCAGCUCUAUUCCAAAUAACCCUUAUGGAUACUCGGAACAGAUUCAGGCCGACAAUCACAGGGCCAGAUCUAUGGGAAAUGGAUUUGUGAAAGUAGAUGCAAUCCCUAACAAUCCAUAUGGAUAUUCUACAGAAACCAGGAACUUGAGGGGAUUUGAAGGAGGCUUCAUUAAAGUGGACUCCAUUCCCGUGAACCCAUAUGGCUUUUCAGAGAAAAUGCAGAGAGACAGCUUCAAGAUGAGGAGUACUGGAAGUGGUUUUGAAAAGGUUGAGGCUAUCCCCAAUAAUCCAUAUGGAUAUUCAGCCGAAGUUAAGAAACUACAAGAUCUCCCUAGUGGUUUUAUAGCUGUAAAAUUAAUCCCAACAAAUCCAUAUGGUUAUUCUGAGAAAACUGAAAGUUCCACAAACCAGGGCAAGAGUCUUCCCACUGGAUUUAUAGAAGUUAAAUCAAUCCCCAGCAAUCCAUAUGGAUUCUCCACAGAAAUCAAAGAGCUGAACAAUGCACCAUCAGGUUUUGAAACUGUAGAUGCUAUCCCUACAAAUCCAUAUGGUUAUUCUAACGAUAUGCAUUCUGACGUUCACACUCCUAAAGCUCCAACAUCAGGAUUUGUUUCCGUUCAGUCCAUCCCCACUAAUCCAUAUGGUUAUUCUGAGGAAGUGACUGAGAUUAAAUCUGCCCCAAGUGGAUUUGAAAGAGUCAACUCUAUUCCAUCCAAUCCUUAUGGAUAUUCAAACAGAAUUCAAUCAGAACAACACAGAAGUACUACUCUAACUACCCCAUUUGAAGAAGUAUCAAGCAUCCCCUCCAAUCCAUAUGGAUAUUCAGAAAAAAUAAAAAAUACUGAGAAAUUCCCAAGUGGUUUCAAGAAAUUUGAAGAGAUCCCCACCAAUCCAUACGGCUACAGUACUGAGGUGCAGCAAGAGUCUUUCUCAACUAAAAUGAGGGUAUCAGGAUUUGAACCGGUCGAUGCUAUACCAACAAACCCAUAUGGUUACUCUGAAGACAUCGUGAAGCAUGGUGACACACCAGGUGCCUUCAUAAAGAUUGAAUCUAUCCCAGUCAAUCCAUACGGCUUCUCUGAAAAGAUAGAUUCUACUCAACAUUCAGCUCGGCGUCUGGUGAGUGGUUUCGACAAUGUCGCCAGCAUCCCAUCCAACCCUUAUGGCUAUUCUGAAAAAGUUGACAAGGUAGAUCAGGCACCUGAUUCCUUUGAUACCCACGGGUUCUCAGAAAAAAUAGGAAGGGGGUCAGCAUUCCCAGCAGAUCGCCCAUCUGCAUUCGAAACAAUUAGACUCAUCCCUGACAAUCCCUACGGAUAUUCUAAAGAAAUACAAAGUUAUGAUAAUGCAUCGGGAUUUGGUAAUGUCGAAGCCAUCCCACAUAACCCAUUCGGAUAUUCGGAGGUGACCCAAAAUGAUAUACACAAUGGGAAAACCUUGCCAUCCGCAUUUGGGAAAGUUUUGAGUAUCCCAAGCAAUCCUUUUGGAUAUUCAGAGCAGAUUAAAAAAAUGCCAGCUCCUGGCUCUGCUUUUGAAGAAGUUUCCUCUAUUCCAAUCAAUCCUUACGGGUACUCAGAGGAAAUUGUGAUGGAUUAUCCGUUUUCCAUUAUCCUCCCAUCAGGAUUUAAAUCUGUAGCAUCUAUCCCCAAAAAUCCUUAUGGAUACUCAGAGGAAAUUGUUAAGAUUUCUGAAGCUCCAUCUGCUUUCGAAGAAGUCGAGGAAAUUCCAGACAAUCCAUAUGGAUAUUCUGUCAAGGUACAGGGAGAAGCACACAGGCAGAACAGCAGGCCAUCAGGGUUUGAAUCCGUUGCAGGUAUUCCUACUAAUCCUUAUGGCUAUUCUGAAAAGAUCCUGAAAUAUGAACUUCCUUCUGGAGCCUUUAUUGAAUUUGAUUCAAUUCCCAAUAACCCCUAUGGAUACUCAGAACUGAUUGAACAACAGCACCAUAAGCUGAAUGGCGUUGUGUCUGGAUUUGAAAACUUCUCAUUGAUACCAUCAAAUCCGUAUGGAUAUUCUUCUGUCAUUGAAAAGGUGAAGGAAUCUCCCUCUGGAUUUGAAGAAGUAGAAUCUAUCCCGACGAAUCCCUAUGGAUACUCGACCGAAAUCGACAGUUCUCCUGAGUCACUCAAAAGCCAACCCUCAGGCUUCGAAAAUGUGGAAUCAAUUCCUUCAAAUCCCUAUGGAUACUCAGAAAAUAUAGCAAAGCUUGAUGUGGAUAAAUCGGGUUUCGAGAAUGUUGCCAGCAUUCCAAAGAACCCCUAUGGCUAUUCAGAGCUCGUACAAAAGGAACAUAACCAACCUAUAAAUCACCCCAGUGGUUUUGUGAGGGUACGCAAGAUCCCCAGGAACCCCUAUGGCUACUCUAAGGAGAUCACACAAUUAGGGGCGCCGGAGGGCGGCUUUGUCGCUGUAAAACUCAUACCCAACAAUCCUUACGGGUAUUCCACUGAAGCCAGCAAGGUGGAAAUCGGUAUACAAUCAAUCACGGAGGCCUUCGAGGGAGUCGACAGCAUCCCAAACAACCCCUACGGCUUUUCAACACAAGAGAAUAAGUAUGAAGUUGAAGGCACAGCCUUCGAGCGCGUCGACCUCAUCCCUGAUAACCCUUACGGUUUUUCUAACGGUGACUCCAUGCCCUCCACCAGCUCCGCCUUCGAGCGUGUAGACGUCAUCGGGAAAAAUCCUUAUGGGUACUCGGAGAAGGUGCAGGCUGUCCAGUUGUAGAGCCAGUCUACAACCCUGAAUACAUUCGAAGGUCCUGCAUUGUCUGACCAAAUACAGAAAACACAAACCUGCUGAAAACGCUUGUGAAACAUUCGUUAACAAGUUCAGUAGUCUCAAUACAAUUCCAUAAUUGCCUACUCAGCAUGAGACAAUAAUGCAGGCCUAAUCCAUAAAAAAAUAUAAAAAAACAGAUCAUUUCUGAACUAUCAAUUCUGUCAGGAACCUCUUAUCUCUAUUUUUUUUUUCCUAUAUAUCCGAUCUGCUCCAAUUCUUUCGAAAUAAAAAGUGAUCUGAAAACAA